AUGCAUUUCCUCCUCCUCCCUCCGCAGGUCCUGCGCAUCCUGCAGUACAUAGAUUAUGGCGGUGCUGUACAGCUAAAGGGCCGGGUGGCCUGUGAGGUCAGCAGUCAUGAACUGUUGGUGACGGAACUGGUUCUGGAUGGGACUCUGUCUCCUCUUAACCCUGAGGAAAUUGCAGCACUACUUUCAUGCCUAGUCUUUCAGCACAAGACGCAGUGUGAACCAAAGCUAACAGACACUUUGAAGCAGGGAGUGAAGAAGGUAAAAGAGCUGGCUGAACGAAUUGCUCUGACUCAGCGGGAAUGUGGCCUCAAGGAGCCGGUGGAGGACUUUGUGUCCCAGUACAAGUUUGGCCUGACGGAAGUUGUGUACGAAUGGGCACGUGGAAUGCCAUUUGCAGAAAUCAUGACCCUGACUGACAUCCAGGAAGGCCUAAUUGUGCGCUGUGUACAGCGACUGGACGAAGCGUGCCGGGAUGUACGUUCUGCCGCACGGCUGGUUGGAGAUGCUACUCUGUGUGCCAAGAUGGAGUCCGCAUCACAGCUCAUCAAGAGGGAUAUAGUGUUUGCUGCCAGCCUGUACACACAAUGA